UGGAAUGAAAUCCGGGUUAUGGUGGAGGUAGAGGUGGGAAGCAUCUGGUCGCGCGAGACAAACGUGCGCUUCUUUCAAAUGUUCACUCAAAACAGAUCUAAUGAAAUCCACUGACAGAAGGGAGUAAAGAUGACAAGAAGAAAACAGAACUAUCCGAAACGGCUCAACUGUUCAACUGAAGACCUCUCCACACUUCCACAGACGUCUCUACCAGAGUCAGACGGAGACAAUUCAGAAGACUUGGACGACGAAGCCAUAGAUACAGAUAACUCGGAUGACGGAAAUCAGAAUUUAUCACCUUCAGAAAUCCAUGAAGACAUUCCAAAGAUCAUUAACUCAAAUCCCAAACUGGAACCAGAUACUAUGACCAUACCACAUCAACAGAAAUCCACUAUAGACAGAGAUGACAUUAAGAGUUCAAAAUCUUUUGAAAUACCAAAUUUAAAUUCUCCUGAGGAUAACAAACUAGAUAGGAGACCUGAACAAAAUUCAUCCCCUGAAAAAUAUCUUCGAGAUAACUCUCCAGUCAACAAUAACUAUAAGAAAUUUGACGGAGAAGACACAGUAGUGGAAGAUCAACCCUUGGAUCUUUCAACUCGUUCCAAAGAAAAACCCAUAAAGUCUUCAAUUCACAUAGAGAAUGGUCAUUCAGGAACUAUUUCAUCUAGUCUUAAAAGUUUACAGUUACGAUUUGGUGGUGAUUUUAAUAUUGAACCUCCACGAAAGCCAAGUAACAUAGUUCCACUUCAGCCGACCAUUCUUCAGGGAAAAUCGUCAAAGCAUGCAUACUUGACUGCAACACAUCCACCACUCUCAUCUCAAAUCAAAUCGAAUUUGAAACCACAAUUUAUCAAAAAAGAGAAACCAUCACCAGUAGUUGCACCAUCGGCUAAAAAGUUAGAGAGUCAUGUCUAUGAGGAAGAUGUACGAAGAUCUGGAAAUAAAUACACAACUCAUCGUUGUUCGUGUCAGAAAACCUACACGACACUUCAAGCUUUAAGUUCGCAUAUACAGGAUACGGGUCACACUCCAGCCAACUGUAAGGCAGCCACGCUACUUGAUUAUCCAAAACUUGUCCGUGGCCAAGAUAUGUGGCUGAAUCAGGAAUCGGAACAAACACGCAGAAUUUUGAGAUGUAUGCAGUGCGGAGAAUCGUUUCAAUCAUUACCAAUGUUGACUGUUCACAUGAUGAAAACUCAACACUAUACCAAAAUAGUAAGUGCCGAUCAUGGUCGAAGAUCGCAUAAAUGUUCAGCAUAUUGUGAAAAGGAACUAGAACGUGAAUGUGUGUUUAAAUGUAAAGUUUGUCAAGAAGCAUUCGUAGAUAUGGAAGCAUUAGCCAAUCAUAUGGUACAAUCGGGACAUCAUAAAAAACAAAUCCUACGUGCACAGAACUAUUCUGAAUUUACCUUACGUAACCGACGAAAGCGUUAUCAUAGUGAUGAUGGUAAUAAUGCCAUGACUUCACUUAUUGAUAUGAAAAGAAAAUGUCUACCUUUACCGAAUGGAAUAUUGGAUGAUGAGGAUUCUGAAUUAUCUGUGCAUUUGGACAAUUCCAUAACAUGUGAAAAUUGUGGUAAAAAAAUCGAAAUGAAACAUUUUGUUGAUCAUGUGAGAGCUUGCAUACGUCAAAAGUCUUCUGUUAUUGGUGCAUUAAAGAACAAGUUAUUAAUGGAGGAGACUUCAAUUAAUAAAUCUGAUUGUGAGAAUUCUUCGUCUCCCCCGCCUCCCUCAACGUUUUCCGAUAUUCAUGAUAAAAUCUCACCUAUCCCUAGUCCCAAAAAAGAAAUCGCCCCGACAAAAGUUCAUGUAUCACAGCAUUUAAAGUCUAGAAUUCUAGAAGCUUUUUCUCCACGGAAACAAAGGAGAGAUGAAAAAGAAGAAAAAACAUUUAUUGUCAAUGGUGAACUUUCUAUGGAUCAUGAGACUGAAAAGAAAACCACUUUACAGAGAGAAUUAAACAAAAAAUCCUCUUCUGAAGCAAAAAAAGAUAUGAACUGUACCUUAAAUGAAAACAAAUUAAAAGCUAAUUGUUUCAGUGUAGAAAAUGAGGAGAGAAAAGAAGCCAUGUUACAGGGUGUCAAAAUUAAGACAGAACCAGUAGAAGACUGUGAUUCAAGGGGUGCAACUCCAUUUGAUGCUUCAUCGGAAUCUGAGGAAAAAAUUCCUCAAAUUGAAACUUCCAUCCAGAUGGACAUCUUAGACCCCAAUGCUAAAAUACCAGAAUCUAAUUCAGCUCUUAAAGCUAUGGAAUCCUUUAUUCAAAACAGUUUCACUUCCAAGUUUGACUUUCGAAACCAAAACUGUAUUCCGGUGCCUAGCAAUUUCCAUAAAACCUCAUCACAAUAUUUAAAACGAGAAUCAACAUCUCAUAGAGAAGAAAGCCCGAAUAAAUAUUCUAAGUAUAAACAUUUACACCAUGCUCUUCAUCAGAAAGAUGAUCAAAAUGGUCAACAUAAAAAUGGCACGCCUGUCCUACAUCAUUUUAACCACAGGAAGAAGAACAGUCAGACUUCAUAUAAAUCAAAAAAUGAUAAUAGUGAAAAAGAGGAACAAAUAAAAGUCAAAUUGGAAAAAAAUCAUCGGCCACAAACACCAGAAUCGGAAACUUCUGAAAGGGGCAACAACUCUCGAAACCCUUCCCCGGAGUUGAAUAACUCUAUCAUUGAUAAAUAUCUUAACAUAGAAGAAGAAGCAACGUCUGCUAAGAAGGAGGAUAGUUCAGCUUUAGAUUCUUUAAGUUCCUUUGUUUAUAGUCAACCAAUGACAAGUGAGCAUCCUCUAGACAGCUUACAGCGUCUGCUUACCAGAACUGAUAUUCCUAAAGUUCUUUCACAACAUUUUGACAUACCUUAUCUUCCUGGUAUCCCAGAAAUGACAUUACCAUUGAAUCUCUCACUAAAACCAAAUUUUUCUGAUGAUGAGGAUCAAGACGAUACGAAUGGGGGUUUAGAAGUGGAUGUAGGUACAGAUGGCAUGUCAUCCAAUGAGGAGAGAGCUAGUCCUGUCAGUGAAGGGGAACAGCGUGAUUAUAAAUGUGCUGCAUGCAGUCGUCAAUUUGUUUCUAAAGGUUCAUAUCGCUAUCAUCUUAGUCGAUGUCAUUUAUCAAGUGUUCAUAAAUAUGGUAUCAAGGAAGCCUUCAAUAUGAGUCCUUACAUAUAUCUACCAUUGGAUCAUACGGCUAAAUUUAGUAAAUAUUAUGAAAUGGCGUAUGAACUGGCCAAUAAGGGCAAAUAAUGCAUUAAACUAUAGUGCUAUAAGACAUGAUUGUAAUUAAAGUGAAUCUUUAGUCCAUAUAAAUUUAGGGUGUGGGCAUCUACAGGUGAUAGAAUAGGGGUAAAUCCAUUCAUUAUUCUGGUUUGUUGACAAAGGAUGGUGGGGUAAGGUGAAUUGUUCCGAUGCAUACAUGUAGAACCCUUAACUGGAAUUAGUAUAACUUGGAAACCGAAAGUGGUUGUGUAAUGCCACCAGUCCUAUGUUAUUCCCUGGCAGCGCUAGUGUGAUCACCUACCCCGAAACAGACAAACAAACAGUCACAAAUAUAGAUAAAUCUAUAUGGAUUAAAGACAUGCUUCAUUAUUAUUCCACUUUCUAUAUUUUACUUAUAAAUAUGUAUAUCAUUGUUUUUAUAUACUUGUUCACCUCAACUUGGUUGUGCAUUUAAUAUAUCCCUUCCUAUUUACUGUUAAGCUCUUUUUAACUUUAAUAUCUUAGUGCUAUUUCUUAUAUACUGUUUACUUUUAAACAAUGUCGUCUUCUUUUUUUAAAAUAAAUUCUGUUUUUUUACUUGUUAUUGAAUCAAAAGUUUUGAAUAUGUGCUACACAGAUACGUAAUGCUAGUUGCAUAAAUUAUUAUUUUCUAAUUUGUGUACUUUUGAAACUUUUAACCUAUACAACACUCUGUUGUCUUUAAGGAUUUCAGUAAAUUUGGUGUCAAAGAUUAUGCAAGAGCUAAAUCUGCCAGUUGCAGAUGUUAUUUUCUCUUGACUUCAAAUAGUAUAUAAAUUGUUAUUUAGACACAUGACAAACCCAUAAUCAACUCUCUAGACCAUUGGAUGAUUGAAAUAUUAAAUGAAUUAGAACACCCAUGCCCCAUAAUUAUUUAACUUUUAAAUGGAAUAUCUAAACUUCGUAAGCAAUGAUACUUGACAAUCAAGACUAUUUAUUGUCAAAACUUCAAACACUCAUAACUUUGCCCAGAAUAAAGUAAUUUGACUGAAAUUUUCAAUAUUCAUUUUUCAUUAGCUGUUUUUAAACUAUAAUAAAGGCUGGUCUUUAUCUUAAAUAAUGCAUCCUUAAGAUUUUUUUUAUUAAUGUGUAUUAUGCAAAAACUUACAUAAUUUUGUAUUGCUUUGUUAAUGGAUAUAUGUCAUUUUUUUGUAAACUUUAGAAGUUUGUUAUUUUAAUUCCACGAUUGAAAUUAAUAUUUUGAAGGUUAAGAUUUUUAAAAGGAAAUUAAUUAAUUUUGAAAUUCAUUUGUAUCAAGUAUAUCAAAUGGGCAUCCAUAUAUUUAUAUUAUUUAACUGAAUUUACAUAUAUGAGACGUAUAUUCUCUAUUUCUUAUAUCGUAUAUUAUGUAACUUUUUUUCUUCCAAGCCAAAAAAUAUCCCUACAUGUAUGAACUCUUUUUAUAUUUCUUUUUAUUUUUCAUUGUUCUAGAAAUCCACAAGUUAAGUGCUUUAAUUAAUUUGCCACAAUUCUUUUUAUAACUGUUCCCAUAAUCAUUGUUACUGUUCUAAAAACUGUUUCUUAUAUCUAAUCUACUUCAUUUUGUUUUUGAUUUCCACUACAAAGCUUUAUCACUAUUUUUUUCAUUUGUCAUUAGCAUCUGGGUAUUUCUUGUAUUUUGAAUAAAAUAAACACCAAUAACUGAAGAGUACGUGAACGAGGUGAGGAUAAUGUUCCAAAUGGCUUUUCCAAAAAGUUCAAGAGCUACUCUGUGACCCUGCUCCUCGAGACAUGCAUAUUUGAAAAUAAAUUAUUCUAUGUUAUUGUUUAUUGAAAAAGAGUUUAUCCAGAAAUUAAUGACAAUUGGAAAGUUUUAACAAGUGAAUCUAUAUACUAUUAUUAUUAUAUGAUUGAUUGAUUGAAUUCCUGUAUAUGAAUUUAUUAAAUCUAACUUUAAUGAUUAUUAAAUUAUUAAAAAUUA